AUUGCCUGCCCCCAGAUGUACAACACCCUUACGCCCCAGUCAGCAAAGCUAAUGGCAGCAAAAGCUCACAGAUUGAGUGGAGAAGAAAGAGAACAACUGCUACCAACUCUCCGGGCUGUAGGAUGGAAUGAGGUGGAAGGCAGAGAUGCCAUUUACAAGGAGUUCCACUUCAAAGACUUCAACCGGGCCUUUGGAUUUAUGACCCGAGUGGCUCUACAGGCAGAAAAACUGGACCACCACCCUGAAUGGUUUAAUGUCUACAACAAGGUUCAUAUCACCUUAAGCACACAUGAGUGUGCAGGCUUAUCUGAGCGGGACAUCAACUUGGCCAGUUUCAUAGAGCAAGUUGCAAGCACACUAUCCUAAAGGCAGCCAUCUGCUGUCCUCCCCCUCUCUGCAAAUACAGUGCCCAAGCAGACAAGUCUACUGUACUGGCAGAAGACAUCAUGUGAUAAUCCAGCAUCAAUGGUUUUAUGGAGUUAACAAGAUUUACACCUUUCAGUGCAGCCACCCUAUUAAUUUGUGGUUUGAUGGUUACACAGAGGUACGAGUGUCAGUGUUUAGCAACUACAUUAGCCUUCCGUCUUGCAGCAAGCUACAGUAUCUCCCUAUCCAGUGUUGUUGUUACCCUGUAGUUUUUUGUUCAGACAGUAUUAUGGCAGCACAGUGGAAAGCUACUCUAUGCUGCUGUUAUUCACAAUAAAGCUGGUUUGUGUGUUAUAUAGA